AUGGUCUUUUUUUCGGACGAAUCAAGUCAAAACAUUCCUAUUCCAAACAAUAUGGUUUGUAAAGACUUAACAAAUAAAAAAAACAAUCCAAAAAUGCCGAACACUGAAUAUUUUAUGAUUACUAAUCAGAAUAAAUAUGCUUUAAAGUAUUAUGGAUAUUAUAUUUGUGGUAUGACAACUAAA